UUGCGCUCCGUGGUCUCAUCUCGCAGUUUCGCAGCCUCCCUUUCACGACCCGUGUCAGGUCUACCACGACUACGAACCGAAGGUGCGUGCCAGUAAUUUCCCCGUAAUUUAGUCGUCCCGGCUGUCCGGGACGAGGUACUCGGGCGUCCGAUCGUUAUUGCAGAGACUCCCUGGACCCGGUUUCUGGAUCCGGUCGUCCCUCGUUCUCGUCCGGGUCGCAAAGCUCGAGAUUCGGAUGCAUUCCGGAAAAUGGAAACCGUAAUCGUGACACGUCAAGAUCUGGCAGAAGAACGAAAAUGAACUUCGUACAUGAAUAAUAUUUACGAUGGCCAUGCACAAAUAUCGAUAAGGGAAACGAGAAAAAGGAAGCCAAGAAAAUAACGGAAGAUGAUUUCGAGCGUAAAUUUUUUUCAACAUGAUUUAAACGUAUUUAUCGAAAGAAAAAUAAAAGAACAAAAUCGCUAGAGAAUGGCAUUUUCGACAAUGUAAAGAAAAGAUUUGAACUUAAGAGAUUUUAUAUCGCCUCUUUAGAUGUUCUUAUAACACGACGAUUUGACGAUAUUUGUUACUUGAGGCAAAAUACGAAUGAGAAUGCAACGAUACGCCAGUCUGUCGUAAAAGCUUAUCAUCGAGAUGAAACGACGUGCCUGAGCAAUUGUACGUAUACAUACAUACAUGUAUAACAAUGCAAAACUCAUAUAUUCGCAAUACAUAUUAAAAAAUCGAUCGGCAAGCAAUUUCCAUGCAUCUCCGAAACGAGGAAGAAAAAGAGAAACGCAGUGAAACGCGAUAAAUUGAAUCGAAGACAUUAGAAUUGAACACGAUAAUAAUAAUAAAAAGAAUACUGUAAAAGAGGAAGUAAAAGAAGGAGGUAUAAUGGAACGAGAGACCAAAUACUCAACGUAGACCAGCCAAGAGUCGGAGUUUCGCUCAUCCUCCAGAUCGAUACGGAAUUCGUUUAGCCGGCAAAUAUCCCGGUGAUGUAUCGUCAAGCACGAGUAAAAUGGCAGAAACGAUGGCACACAAUCGUACAACGUACGCCAAAAGGACAGCCAGGAAGCUGAAUCUCACGUCGAUGACGUUCCUUCCUUCCACCGUGGUCGCGGCAGCGAUUAACGCCGAGACGACGACGACGUCACAUCCGACUACCAAUAAUCCGUCCACGGUAGCAACGGGAGAUCCCGGGACCACCGUCAAAUCGCACCAUCACGUCCAGAACGUGACGGAAUACCUGGUCGAGCAUGAUGAGCUGGAGCACGGUAUCCUCGCCAACUUUUCGGACAUGCAGACCGUUUUACUCGCAUGCAUAUCGACAUUAUUACCGCUGAUUAUCGCCUUGGGAAUUGCCUUUGGCGUCAGGCAUGUGUGGCAAAAGUAUCGAAACACCGGCAACGGUUUAACUUGGGACAAGGACACGUGUCACCGCGGUGAUAUCGAUGAGCCCCAACAUCAGCAUCCACAUUCCGGAAAUGCUCUCGGUCAGGCUGCCACGGAGGUUCUUUCCGUGCAGGACUUGGUGGAUACCUUAGAAGCAUUGCCCCGGUACAUAUGCGAAACGGAAGUGAUGGAAGACGUAAAUGUCGCCCCGGCAGCGGCGAUGAUGGAGUAUACUACUUCUGGUAACCAUACAGGCAAAAAUGCAAACGGAAAUAUCAUCACUCUUACGCUCAAGAAUAAUCAUCUUAUCGUAGAAACGGAGGAACGUGCGAUAACAAUGGAAGAUAACAAACCCACAUCGAAAGGAUACAAGGACAGUGGAUGCUCGUUUGUGGUGGAGGUACAACCGGAUUAUGAUAGAGAAGAGACGGAAGGUACCAAAGGAUCUUCCGAUGACAUGACGGCCGGAAUCACCGAUCAACAAGCUCUGGUACACAGAGAGGAGAUACCAGACGAUAGAUCUUCAGGUUUCGAAAAUACACGAUUAUUCGGUAGCACUAAUACCGGUCUGUCGCAAUCGGAUCUCUCGAUAUCCAGUCAAGGCUCGGCCAAUCCGAGUUACCGCUACGGCAAUCAGGUCGAAUACGACUCUGGCAAUCUCGGUUAUCCUAUGUACGGCGGUAGUUACGAAUCUGAGAAUUAUGAUAUACUAUCGAGAAAGCUGGAGGGACGAUCCAAAUGGGUGGAAUUUGACAAAUCGCCGGACAUAGAGAAGAUACUGUUGGACGACUCCAGAAACUUGACCAGCGAGGAUGAUGAAGACAAGAGUCCGCAGUUCUUUGGAAAAUCAAAAAACAUGUCGUCCCUGCAAGACGUCGUGAGCGCGGCGAUCUGCGAGGGAACGCUGGAGAUCAACAGUUUGCCGGACGCGGUGCGAUCGAAUCCGAAUCUUCAGGUGAACGGCACGACGCCGAACAAGCUGGAGAUUAUGGAGCAGAAGGCUCUGAGCAACGAUUUCUCCGGCAAGACGGAGGGCAACAAGCCCGUGAUAACCGGCGCGCUGCUGAAGGACGACGUACAGGAGGACGCGUUUCAGGAGCAGCAGCGUAAACUGGGUAACGGCACGCUGACGCCGGAGCACAAGGGGGACAACAGGACGACGACGACGACGACGACGACGACGAUGACGACGACGACGACGGUGGAUCGCAAACCGGAAGGUAGCGUCUUUGUGCCGAGUCACAAACGGGCUGGCAGCAUCCCGCCGCGAUUGAUCGAGGAGACGCUCGAGAUGGAUCGCAAGAAGUCGCUCGACAUCUACAACAAGUACAGUCAAAUCAAAACGAGCACCAGAAGCAUGCUACCGAACUUGAGUUCGCCCAAGUUUGAGCUGCUGCAGAACGAGGUGAGCCCGAUCGAGGAAAAGGAGAGUUAAUGGGCAGAAGAAUAAAGGAGAAAGAGGGUGCAAGAGGAGGAAGAGAGGGCAGACAUCGUUGUUUUUCGACUCGGUCGUCGGAAUGCAACUUCGCCCUCGGGGUAAAUUGCAACGAAAGAUACUAAGUCAGGGAUUAUAUUGACGAAAAAUGCAGCGAAUGCGCGGUUAAUGGUGCACUUGUAGGAAUUAUAUUACUUGGUAUAGCGAAUUUAUAUGUAAAGGAAAACCGUACCGUGAUGACGAAGAGAUCAUUACGAUCUCGCGAAUCCAAAUCGAUUAAGUAUGAAUACCUAGCUACUAAUCCCGUACGACGAGGAAGAUUUAAUAUGCGAGAAAGAAGGAUUAGCGUUUAUUAGCGUAUAUAACCGAGGAAGAAAAGACGCUCUAUAAAUGCUAUCUGCCUCUCCAUAGCAUUCUCUCUAUUCAAUAUUUCCGCGCGAUCAUUUAUAUAAUGACUCGUUUCUCUUUUUGUGAACGCAUAACGGGAGGUGUAACAUAUAGAAACAGACACGCGAUGCUAUUCUUUCAUUAUAUAUAUUGAUAAAAAAUUCGCUUCUUUCGUUUAAAAUGACGACAAUUUAAGGUGACACUUGACACUCUUUUUAUAUGGAUUGUGCUAUUUAGUCUGCACCGAUGGAGAACUUCUCGUGACCGAAACAAACAAGUGAUAAUGAGCAACGUUAACGUGGGCAGUAAAUGAAAGAUACACGCCGAUCACGAGCGUAAUCAAAAAAACAUUACGAAUAAGAGAAUCCUCCUUUCAUCAAUUUCACGUAGGCAGUAGUACAGAAUAUCGCUCGACUAGUGAUAGUGACGUAGUAGUAUCAUAUAUUUCGCGAGAUCAACAUUAACGAUAUUAGAAGAUAUACAUAUACAUAUGUAACGCUCAUGUCAUGAACCACCUCUCUAAUUUCCUGUUUUCGCUCAUUAAGAUACCUUUCUUCUCGCGAAAAUGUGUGUCGACACAUCUUAAUCCUCGAAAUAAAAUUCGGUGCUAAAAUAUAUGUGAUAUUUAUAAUUAUAUAAAUCAAUUGCUUUAAUUAU